AUCCGCACUCCUUGUGGGCCUUUGGACAUGGCGCCCCCGACCCGGCUCCAGGUCCCGCGUCCCGGGACCGCUGUUCCUUAUACGGUGCUGCUCGGCUGGUUGCUUGCCCAGGUGGCCCGCGCCGCAGACACUACAGGUAGAGCAUAUAAUCUAACUUGGAAGUCAACGAAUUUCAAGACAAUUCUGGAGUGGGAACCCAAAUCCAUCGAUCAUGUCUACACAGUUCAGAUAAGCACUAGGCUAGAAAACUGGAAGAGCAAAUGUUUCUUAACCGCGGAGACGGAGUGCGACCUCACCGAUGAGGUCGUGAAGGACGUGGGGCAGACGUACAUGGCGCGGGUCCUCUCCUACCCGGCAAGGAACGGAAACACCACGGGGUUCCCCGAGGAGCCUCCCUUUAGAAACUCCCCGGAGUUCACGCCGUACCUGGACACAAACCUCGGCCAGCCAACAAUUCAGAGCUUUGAACAAGUUGGGACAAAACUGAAUGUGACAGUCCAGGAUGCACGCACGCUGGUCAGAAGGAAUGGGACAUUCCUAAGUCUCCGGGCUGUGUUUGGCAAGGACUUGAAUUACACGCUUUAUUACUGGAGAGCUUCGAGCACAGGAAAGAAAACAGCCACGACAAACACUAAUGAGUUUUUGAUCGACGUGGAUAAAGGAGAAAACUACUGUUUCAGUGUCCAAGCAGUGAUUCCCUCUCGGAAAAGGAAGCAGAGGAGCCCCGAGAGCCUCACGGAGUGCACCAGCCGCGAGCAGGGCAGGGCCAGGGAGAUGUUCUUCAUCAUUGGAGCAGUGGUGGUCGUGGCCCUCUUGAUCAUCGUCCUGUCUGUGACCGUGUACAAGUGCAGAAAGGCGAGGGCGGGGCCCAGCGGGAAGGAGAGCUCCCCCCUGAACAUCGCCUGAAGGGAGCGCCGCGGGGCGUGCCGGCUGCUGCCAAUGCUGUGUUGCACUGUGACCAGGAGAACAGGAGAUAGGGGGAUGCAAAUGAGAAUUUGGGAGCAUAAAGACCCAUGGAUUCAAAAAAGCUCUUCCCGUGACCUGCUAUUGUAAGCAGCACGGUGGCUCAGACAUCAGCACGGUCACUCGGGAGUGGAAUGAGCGGUACAGCCAAUCCCAGCUUGUUUCCGUGACUGUAACACUACGGUGCCUUUUGCACGUCUCCUGCCUGCUGUGGUGCGGGCCGCGCCAGGUGUGGUGCACCUGCUGUGGUGCAAAGCCAGGGCAGCCGAGAACAAGCCAAGAACAGGGCCUUAAAGUAGCCUGGGUGGGCUUUGGGAGAACUCUUGAAAAGCUGACUUCAGGUGAUGUGGGAACGAGAAAUGGCAAUCGGGGCCUAUUUUCUGGGGUUUUUCUGAACUCUGUCAUCUCGUGUGUUGGUGUUGGUGUUUUUUCUUUUCUUGGUGGAGUAUUUCGAGAAUUCAAGACAACUGGCAAACUUUUAUAUCCAUGUGUGGAGUACAGGAGACUUUUAUUUUGGGCAUCUUCCCAAAGUAUACAUUACAGUUUAGCACUUUAACUGACAUAGUAAUGUUGAAUUAAACAUUCGACAGCUAACUAUAUUUUUUAUAAGACUGCUACAUAAACUACCUAGAGUUUAUGAUUUAAGGUACUUAAAACUUCUAUGGCCAAUAUUGUAUGUAUUUAUGUAAUUUUUAAAAAAGGUUUGUAUAUGGGAAUAUUCUAUUUAUAUAGAUUCUGUUUAUAUAUAGAGAUAAUUUAUUUAAUAUACUUUUAUAUAAAUAAAGGUGAU